AUGGUCGCGCAAGCCUUGAGCUCGCUGCUUCAGCGCGCCUCUAUCGACGAUCACGACGAGGUUCUUACUUCUGCGAACGACGUGCUUGCCAAAUCCAAGUCCGAUCUCCACGCCCAACAUGUCAAGGUCGUUGCGCUAUCGAAGCUCGACCGGUACGAAGAUUCCCUGCGAGUUUUUGAUGGAGCUGGGGAUGGGUUGAAGAAGCGUGCGCCGUUGGAAUACGCUUAUGCGUUAUAUAAGGGUGGGAAAGUGGAGGAGGCUAUCGAUGUCAUUACACGACUAGGCGGGGGGCGAGGUGCUAAUCAUCUGGAGGCUCAGGCGAGCUACCGUGCAGAGAAGUUCCGUCGAGCGGCCGACCUCUACCAAGAUCUCCUUCAGGAUAAAGAAGCUCUCGCCAACGAAGAGAACGACUUGCGGAUUAAUUCGUGGGCUGUGGAUGCUCAAUUGCAGUGGAAGGGAUACCCAGAUUCGGUCCGCCACGGUAGACCAUCGAGAGAUGACCUCGAGGCCUUCGAAACUGUCUACAACGCCGCCUGUUUGAGUAUCGCCAAGGGAGAGUUUGAUCAGAGUGAGAUGCUGUUGAAGCGCGCCAAAGAGUUAUGUCGCACGUCCGAAGAUCUCACCCCCGAGGACAAGGCGGAGGAACUGCUGCCCAUUUCCGUGCAGCAGCUGUAUGUUCUGAUCAGACAAGGAAAGUCUGCAGAGGCGGAGUCGGUGAUGGAGGAGAUUUCCGUCGACGGCAUCGCUGAGCGGUCCACGAAGAACAUUGCCCAGAACAACAUCACCGUCGCUCGUGGGACGCCCGAGAACCCUUUUCUGCUCCACAAAGCCCUCCAUCAGACCCCCGAUACCACCGAUGCGGACAAGCUCUUUGAUUACCAGAACAACAUCUUGAUGAACAAUUCCCACUCGGUAGAUCUGUUGGCUCAGAAGUACGACGGUAUCAUUCGAUCCGCAUCGAAGACGCUUUCCCAUAGCUCUUACCCUUCGAUCGAGUCUCGCACCAAUCUCUUGUCGGUCUACAGCGCAGCAGCCCACGCACGCGGCCAAACAGAUCCCAAGGCUUUGAAGCAAAUCAUUCCCUUGCUGGAGCGCCGCCCUAAGGACGUCGGCUUGGUUCUUACCGCUGUGCAGCAUUACGUGAACGCAGGCAACACCACUUCCGCCAUUACUACACUGGAGAAGUCCCUGCGGCUUCUUGAGGAGUCUAUCUCGGAGCAAGACCAGGACGUGCGGUACGCCCCAGGCCUUCUUGGAGUUCUGAUCUCGUUGUACCGCCGUGAAGGCCGCAGGAUCCCGAUCCGGACAGAAUUGGCCAAGGCUGCAGCUCACUGGCAGGCCCGCGCCACAGAAGAGCGUCCUACCACUCUGCUCCGCGCCGCAGGCACAUCCCUCCUCCACUCAUCCGACCCCUCCGAUCUCAAGACGGCCGGAGAUCUGUUCAAGAACCUUUACCAGAAUGACAGCACCGACCGAUUCGCCGUUGCAGGCUACGUGGCAUCCCAAGCACCCCUCGACUACACCAAGAUCGAAUCCCAAGUUGACACCCUCCCCUCUGUCGACGACCUUAUCUCCGACAUCGACACCGCCGCCCUCGAGCAAUCCGGCAUCACCCCAUCCUCAUCCUCCACCGCCGCAGCCAUCGCCAUGGCAGGCGCCAGGAAGCGUCCCUCCGACGGCAAGACAGAGAAAGCAACCAAGAAGCGCGUGCGCCAGUCCCGUCUGCCCAAGGAGUAUGAUGCCAACAAAGCUGCUGAUCCGGAGCGGUGGCUCCCGCUGAAGGAUCGAUCUAGCUAUAGGCCUAAGGGACGGAAGAAUAAGCAGCGGGUAGCGGAUAGGAUGCAGGGCGGUGUUGUUAGUGAGAGGGCUGAGGAGUCGCCGGCUGGGCAACCCAAGGUACAGACUGGUGGUGGGGGUGCUAGCUCGAAGAAGAAGAAGAAGGGGAAGAAGUGA